UCGACCUCGACUGCCCACCAGAGCAGUCACCGACCAUGCCACCACGGCAUAACCAUCAGUACACGCCAGAGAGCAUCGACCAUCAACUUCAGCAAAUCCAUUUGCUUGACUCUUCUUCUUCCUCAGAGAAUCUUGAGCAACUAGGGCCGAUAAUUAAGCAGAUCCAUGCUAGUAAGCAACAAGAGGUAUACCUGCGGAAUCUCCAGGCACUUGUCGAGUCAAAGGACAGCGAGAUAGAGUCAAUAUGCACUGAAAAUUACCAGGAAUUUAUCUCUUCUGUCUCGACUCUGUUCACUGUGAAGUCCUACACCAACAGCCUUCGGGAGAAGAUCGUAACUCUGGACGAAAGCGUCGCCCUUCUAGGCAGGGGUCUCGUUGAAAAGAAACGAGCCCUACUACAGACGAAGAAGACUGCUGCAAAUUUGGACGAAGCUAUUGACACGCUACAGGCGUGUUUAAAGUUGCUGGACGUUGUCGAUCGUAUUGGUGACAUGAUUAGGGAGGGAAGAUUUUGGAGUGCCCUCAGAUCUCUAGAAGACAUACAGGCAACCCCACUAAAUGCUUUGUCUCAAACACCGCUUUACCAACACAUCCUUUCUUCCCUCCCCUCGCUCCGCACUCAAGUCCAGGAUGCUGUCACAGCAUCAAUGAAACAGUGGCUUUUGGAGAUCAGAAAUAUCACUGGCACUGUUGGGAGGGCGGCCAUCGAGGCCAUGGGUGCACGCACUCGAAAGUGGAGAACUCGUCGCGAGAAAGAUCCUAUGUUAAGACUCAGCUGCGUGGGCAGCGCAGUGGAAAUGGUGACAAACGAGAGGUCAGACAUUAACAUCAUGUGCUGUGAUACCGUCAAGGUUGACUUCCAACCGUUAUAUCAAUGUAUCCACACAUAUGCAUCGCUGGAAUCCCUGGACGAAUUACGCAGCUCAUAUCAAGCCGAUCGCAAGGCACAAUCCGACCUAAUCUUGCCCCUCACACUUCCGCUAGCAUCUCUUCCCGAUGUUGUCGAGGAGAUCUGCGGUUUUUUCAUCAUCGAAUCUCAUGUUUUAGAGACCACUUCCGGCUUUCGCUCUGAACAAGAAGUCGAAGAACUUUGGGACGCGGUCGUGGCCCGGCUCACUUCCGCUGUUCGCAGUGCCCUCACGGGAGAAAAGGAUCCGGACACGUUCCUGAGAGUGAAGGAAUGCUUGACAAGUUUUGUAACGACCCUCGAGUCGUAUUCAUACUCGACACAACCUCUCCAUACGUUGAUGCUGGCACUCUUCGAGAAAUUUGCCGAUCUACUCGAAUCACAGUGUGGUCAAAGACUGGAAGAAGCCGUGCUUGAAGAUGACUACCUGCCUAUGCAAGCUUCGACUGCAUCCGAACUGGAGUCCAUGUUGAAUGAAGUGUGGUUAAUCUCUGCAGAGCGCGGAGCACUUGCGAAGCGCAAUACACCUUUAUAUCUGCCGUGGUCACAAAGCUUUUACCUAUGUUGUCGAGAUAUUCGAAUAUUCAUACAGAAAUUUUACCAUUUCGUUGAUGGAGUGUCACAACAUCACGGCAACAUCGACGAUCUUCUAAGUCGGUACCUGGAUAAACUCCUAUUGAACCACAUCGGCGCAAGCAUAAGCAAACGCCUUGCAGGCACAUCUGUACUAUCGCAGAUUGCACAAGUUGUGACCAACCUUGAGUUAUUUACGAAAGGUUGUUCUGAGCUGGCGCGGUAUCCCACCAAUCUCAGGCAAACGACUCAGCUCAUACGGCUAGCCUCGUCACCAUUUUCGGAACCGUUCGCCAAGGCAUGCAAUCGGAUAACCGCACUGAUUACUUCCAAGCUUGAUGACUUCUUCGAUCUUUCGGAGUAUGCCUGGACGCCCCAGACAAGAGAGGGGACGCCCAGUAUGUAUCUGUACGAGCUCAUGAAUUGGCUCACCACUGUGGUGGACUCUCUCGCCAUCGAGGAGUCAUAUAAGGACGAUGCAUACAAAGCCGCUAUUGGGUACAUCGCUGAAAGCUUGAUGAACUUCAUGAUCGGACCAAAAGUACCUGCGAUGAACGAAAACGCGAUAGCAAAUAUUGCGACAGAUAUCACGUUCCUCGAAGCCGAGAUCACGCGCAUCGGCCGUAGCCAUCUCAACUCUACCUUCUCAGAGCUGCGCGCGCUGGUACUGCAGGACAAAAUACAGGAGUACCUUGACCCGCAAGUACGACAAACGUUAUAUGGGGAUAUAAAGCCUAGGAGGCUACAAGCACUCCUCGAGAAGCUAAAACAAGGAGAAAAACGAAAGAAAGAAGCAGAAGCGGUUGGUAGACUCGUUUAA